CCGAGGCGAGGCGCGGGGACUACGGUACCCAUCGUGCCUUGCGCGAGCCCCCGCCGAGCGCCUCCCCGGAAGAGCUGGGAAAUGUAGUCGCCCGCGUUUGCUGCGCAUGGAGAAACUGCGAUUCCCGUCAGCCUUUGCGCUCGGCUGCCCGUUCUGCCGUCCCCGCUUCCCGUUCGGGCGGAGGGAGGCGGACGUGGAGUUGGCGCGAACGCCUCAGGCGGGACCGGAGCGAUCUGUCCCGGUGGGCCGGGCGCAGCGGCCCCGCGGGGCUCUGGGAAGCGCAGUUCGCCGGGUGGCGGCUCCACGUCCCCUCAGCGCACACGAGGGUGGUCUCGGGUGGUCGCGGAGGGAGACGCGCCCGUCGCGGGGGCUGCGGGGCCAGGCCCGGCGGGGCCGGCACCGCGCGGGGUUUCCCGCCUCCCAGGAGGAUGCGGCGUCGGCAGUCGGGUGAAGACACGCUCGUUUUCGUUUCUAUCUGUGCAAAAUUGGACCGGCGCAGGUGCAGAGUGACAAUAGGGCGACGGCACCUUGUGGGGUCAGGAAACUUCCCGAAUGGGGAUUUCCACCUGAGGGCGAACGCUCCUGCGCGUGUCCUGCCCUAGGUUGACAGAAUGCGUUACAGUUAAAAUUGUGGCAGUUCUGCAGCACAUUUGGACUUGGUUGUUAUCACGUUAAAAAAGUCCCCCUAAGCCAAAUUCAGUAGAACUUGUCAAGCAGUGAGGCCCUUCGCUGGUAAGAUUGUUAGAACUUAUUAAAAAAAAAAAAAAAGCAUCGCUUGAAGUGAAGUGUAUUUGGAGGAGACAGGGAGGAGUGGCGGGAAAACAAGCGGAGUUUGUUCAGGAGGCUGCACGCGGCUGUGGAGUCAUGUCUUGGAAGGUUCAGCAGAGCUGCUCAGGUGAGGCCGGUGCUCCGGAGGAGGGAGAUCCUGGGAGUGCUCACACGCAGGACCGAGUCACCUGCAGCAUUCGUUACAUUGGAACACUGUGGGGCAGGCUGCAGAGUUGUUCUGAAAGCAGACAGGCUUAGAAGUAAAAAGUAAAGACCUCAAUUUGGUACAAAAUCGGCAUGGUUUUGGUUGAAGAACUACAGCAUUCUCCUGAAGUGGCGUUUAUGUAACACGUUCUUGACAGAAGAACCAGGCAGUUUCUGGCUGACAUGUACACCCUUUACAGGCAAAAAGUUCUACGUGGCAGGUAACGCACAUGUGCCAAUGAAAAAAUGUGCUCAUCAUAUUGAGAGAAAACACAAGUGUCUAAGGCAGCACUUGUAACAAUGCCACAGAUCAUUCAUUUUGAAAUAAAAAACUGUAAUUCAUGAUGAGAGGCCACACGCCUCUGCUACGUGGAAGUCUUUCCUUCCAGCACCAAGAGCUUUCCCACACCAGAGCCUGAGGAACGAGUUUUAAAGACCACCCUGGUUAUUGUCUGGUGCAGAGUCCCACACUAGUUUUCAGACACACGUUGCCGAGGCCUCUGUAGUUCAAAGUUGAGUAUAAUUAAGGAAGAUACUCACCUGUGUUACCAUUGUAAUAUUUAGAAUUUUGUUAAGCUGCAAGUAAGUUUAUCAGCUGUGUGUGGCAGUCAUGUUUCUGUUUGAAAAAAAAUCAUAUGCAGUCCCACCAAGAGCUGGGAGAGAAGCAGGAGCAGGAUCUGACCCUUUUUAGUGAGGGGAGUGGGGGAAGCACAGGUAAAGCUACAGGAGGAAGAAAUAAGUUUCCUGAGCAGCUAGAAUCAUAGGGAACACCUCACUGUAGCACUCUCCACUUAGUAAAGGGUUGUUUGGAUGUUUGUUUCGGUUUUGUUUGUUGGCUUUCCCUUUUCCUUUCCUUGACAUUUAUUAACCAGUAGGCAUCUGAUACAUUUCAUUUAGUUUGGAAACAAGGUAACACCAUUAGGAACAAAGGAGUUCAUGGGUUACUACUGUUGAAUCUGUAGAAUAGAUCAAAGAACAGUGGAAACUAAGCUUUAUGAAUUCUGCUGAUACAGUGGCUUGUUAUUGUCCACUCUUAACUGCCAUUAUGAGCAUUUAAUAGCUCAGGUUUAUAAUGAUGGCAGUGCUGUAUUGCAAGCCUGUGUUUUGUUUGAGCCUUGUCACAGCCUACGAGUCAGGGAAGGCUUGACUGGGGGCGGGUACUAUGCGGCGACGAGGAAUGAUUCAUACAGAGUUCCUGUCAGCAGCGAGAGCAGAGCUGAGCCAGGCUGAGCGGAUUUUUAUCAACAGUUCUCAGUUUAUAGGUUUACAGAUACGGGGCUGGACCAAGAGGUUAGACAGGGUGUUUUUUCCAAAACGUUAUCCCAAACACACCACACUCAUGUUUUGACUGUUUUCAGUCACAUUCCCAUGCGUAUCUUGUGGGUGGCGUUCUGACCCACUCAUUCACACACCCAGGCCCUCUAUAUUUUGACUAGUUGCUGUGAUCUAAUUAUGUUAGUAUUAUUUUUUCUUUGACGGUUGGGAUGGUCAUGUUAGUGUUGACCUUCCUUUAUCAUCCAAGUGGCUGGAAUGGCACAUCUUGCUUUCCCACAGUACUGUAUUUUCAUGGCAAUUAAGACUUACCUUGAGAUUACCGGCACACAGAACAGGUAGGAAGCAAUUCCUCCAUACACUUUGGCAUUGCCUAAAAGGGCUUCUUGAAGGGUUUUGAAAUGGAGCUUCAUUCUGCCAGCUCAUAAAGUACUGAGUUGUGAUAGUGUUUGCUUUUUUUUUUUGGUGGAGAGGAGUGUGGGGAAUGUGUGUUUGAUCAGACGUAUGUGUGUACUGCCACUGCUUCCAGGGGAAAAGAAUUUCUUGUGUUAUCCAACAUUCCUUCCUUCUCUGACAGGUAUUUAUUCCCUAGGUACUUGCAAGGAUAUAAACAAUUAGUCCACAGAAUUUUGGAAGGUGCCGGAUGCCCUUCAGAGUGUACAAACCUGUUUUGCAGGCUGUGUCGCUCAUAGGAAUUGUGUAAACUCAAACACUAAAUUUUUAACAGGGCUACUAGUUUGUUUUUCCACUUAGGAACAGCUGGUUCUCAAAAUAAAACUGAAGGGGAAUCAUGAUAAUUAUACUGGCAACAUAUCUGCUGGAAUGUUAGUAGUCAUGUUCUCUUGAGGUUUUAAUUAAUUAUAAAAGCUUUUGUUGUUUAAAUCUCUUUUGCAUCAAAAUGUUUAGAAUAAAUAUACUAGCUCUUCAUUUAAUAAAUACUAAAAAAGUUUUUCUUAUUGAGAGCCACCCAUAUAAAUCCAUCAUCACAUCAUGACUGACUUAAUUAUCAAAGCGCUGCUUAGAAGAGGCUGGACCACCUCAGGGUGAACACGUGGAGACCGGGGUGCACAGGAACCGUCCCCCCCCGCUGCAGUUCUCCGGCCUGGCGCCGCCUCCCAGCUCGUUUGACUGUGCUGAGUCAAUCUCAUUACCCUGAGUUACAGAACAAUCCAGUCUCUUUUUCCUCCUGGGUUGCUGAGAUGAAUCAACUCUUAAGAGAUGAUUGACAAACGCCAGAGCUGGCAUAACUUCACAUAUUUCACUAGAAGGCUUCAAAGAGGUCAGCAGCUCCAAGCAGCUGGCAGCUCACCACCAGCAGGAGAGCUUCUUGAACUCCACAAAGCAGCAGCUGUCUGAGGCGGAAGGAGAGUGGCCUUAGGGUGCUGCCUUACGAGGGGACCGACUCAGUUUACCUUGAGAUCAGGUAGUCUGUGGAAAUGUAGCUGAGAACAAACCCCACGCUGUUUCAGCCUCAUGGGUUUUUCAAGAGCCAAGUCUACCCUCGGCUUCGCUGGUGUUCCUGAAAGCCUAAGUGAAUUAUAAAAAGGCUUUUAUAUUUGCACAGGACCAUGUAUAAUCCAAACGACCGCCUGACGUGGAGAAGCUCAGAGUUGCCAUGUCCGCCGUUGGGUUCCCUAACAUCUUUAGGCCAGAUCUCUUAUACAUGUGAGAAAGCAAUUUGCAUGGGGAAAUAUUCUGGAAUUCCAGAGUUUCCAUCCUGUCUUGAGAGAGAGCACAUGCUGGCACUGCGAUGCUGUACAGAGGAAUUUGAAAUGGAGUAACGGUCCUAGAGAGUAAAACUCUAUAAACUCACUGGAUUAACAAAUCGAAGCUGCUUGCCAUGUGGUCAGGGAGAAAAGCCCACGACAGGAAGCCUCCAGCCGUGCACCUGGCCUGCAGAAACGAGGGCAGAAGCCAUAAGAAGCAGUUCCAUCUGCUCCAGACGAGAAUGCAGAUUGCCUCGUUGGGCCGUUCCACUCAAAACAGCUCGUGUAUGCCACGUGGCGCAGUUCGUGGGAAAGGAAACAGGUCCGACGGAAGUUCUCUGAGGCUGCAGAAUGCGGCAGUGGAAGAUGAAGAAGCCGCCCUGGUUGUAUCUUGCUGCUGCUAUGCCCCCGCCUCUGGUUUUUUCAUCCUAGACUUCUUGGACUGGGGCAAAAAGAACAAAACUUGCAUAAUUACUGACCCUGAUGGCACCCUGCCCCAAAAACGAAUACUUUGAUAAUUUGCUGCUCUCUUGUAAGCCCUGUCAUCUUCGAUGCUCUAGCGCACCGCCGCCUUCCUGUGAGAACUACUGUGAUACAAGUAUUGAUUCAAGCGGAGUUCUUUGGAUUUGUGUGGGCUUAGGAGUCAUUUUAAUGCUCACUCUGUUCACCUUAAUGGUCUUGUUUAAAUGGAAGCCCCUAAAGCAACUAAAAGAAAAACUGAAAAACACAGACUCUUCUGUGGAGCUGAAUACUAUUCUGAAGGCUCAUACUGAAAGCAGUGUGGGUGCAGGAGGAACGAGACACCCAGUUCCAAGUGAAACACUGAUGUAUUCGGUGGAAGAGUGCACCUGCACUGACUGGGGCUUGGUAAAGACUCAGCCUGGCUGGGAAACUUCAUUUCCAUUACCAGCUACAGAAGAAGGAGCUACUGCGCUAGUUACCACAAAAUCUUUUGAUUAUUGCAACUAUGUUCUGGGUGCUGGGUGACUAUGAGAGAAUAUUGGAUCUCUUUACUGUGUAACGAGUUAUUCCAGUAUUGAUCUUCAUACUUGCAGUCAGUGGAGAGGGCUAGUACAUCAUCCUUACAGAUGUUCAUCGAGCUUUCAUUAAUAUUGUCAUAGCAUUUCUAGUUCUAGUAUCUCUUUGGUCAAGUAUUUCUACGUUAUUGUCAAGUACUAAACUAGUUAUUGGCAUUUUUAAUUUCUGAAAGUCCCCAUGUAGGCUGGCUGUUUCUUCCUUUAGAGACUGUAUCUACUUAUGCUGGGUAUAUACAAACCCAUCAAUAAACAAGUUUGCAAAUAUGUA